UCCCUCCGACUCAAAGGAAAAAAAAAAAAAAAGAACCCCAAUUUUGAAACCUUGUUUACUUUCAUCAACUCCAAUUUCGUUUCUUCUUCCAAUUUCGAACGAAAGAAAAACCACCUUCUUCUUCUUCCACAUAAAUGGCUUCUGAUUCUUCUAGAAACUUCGACGUGGAUCAGCUUAUUUCCAUAAGCAACGACCUCAUUGAGGUUUUGCAAGAUCCCGCUAAUGACCGUGAUCUCAACAUCAUCUCUCAAUGUCUCCACCACACACUCUCCGUUUCUUCCUCCUGCCACUCCGACCUCAAUGAGGUUCUCUCCUCGUUCCAAGAUUAUCAGAAAAAAAUAGAUUCGCACAAACAGAAAAUUGAGCAUGCUAGAUCCGAGACUGCUGCUGAUGCGGAUCUGGAGCUUUUGCAGAGAGAACUGGAUGAAGAACUUGAAAAAGAAAGCCUGUUGAAAGAGGAGUUUAGAGUCAUUAGCAACGAGUUUGAUGAUCUAGAACAACAACAAAUUUCUGUCCGAGAGCAGAAAAAGAAAUUACUGAAAAUUGAGCAAGAAAAGCAGAGGACAAGGAUGCUACUUUCGAUGUAUGCUUCUGUCACAAAUAUUGUUCCAAACUUGGACGAUCAGUCAAAAAUUUCAGGCUAUAUUGUUGAAAAGGAAAAAAAUGCGGCGGAGAAAUUUGAAUACGACACAUCACAGCUGACUGUCCUUGAUGUAUGUAAUGACAUCUGGAAAACAAUAAGUGAUUAAUGCAUGUCAAACAUGUCUCUGUUGGAUCAUGUUUGUAACAUUAUGUAAUUUCUCAAAUUGAGUGCUAUGUUAGGAAUCCAACAAUUCACUUGAUGACUGAAAAGUUCAAUGUAUCAUGAAAUGAAAGCCUUACAAUUUUAAUAGAGUUGCUGACCACUAAGUUUCAUUGGUGAGUAUUUUCAUGUCAUGUCAUGAAGUAAAUACUAGUUUGAAUCUUCACAUGGUUGGCCACUUGUUGUUAUAUA